AUGACUACUGAAAAUGGUGAAGAUCCGUAUAGUGGAUUCAAUGACUACGAUCAUGCCUAUGAUACCGAGGUAAGGUAAAGUAAAUAAUUUGAUUUUUAGAAACGAAAAAUAAAAAAAUGUACAUAAAGUCGGUUUUAUAUAGAAAUGGAGUUUUAAUAAAAAUUUUGAAAAUGAUUUUAGGCUCUUAUUCAAGACAAAGACUUUGUUCGAGCAGCAGCCAGAUCAAGCCAUUCUAGACGGCCGGUAAGUUUGAAUUUUUUCAAAAUUUUUUUAUGAACUAACACAAUAUUAGUCAGUUACUUACUUAUUUAUAUGAUAUUAAUAGUCCUAUGUCUAUUUUCAUUUACACAAUAUAAAAAAAUUCCAGCCAACAAUGUCUCGUCAAGCAAUAGGUAGCCGGCUGGGCACGGGCUCAUUAAACGGUGGUAAUCGAUUGCCAACUGCUUCAGCGUUAAGAAGCUCAUUGGCUUCUAGAAAAACAGGGAACGAAGUUUCUAGACCAAUGACGGCGGUUAGGGGUGCUGGGUUUACAUCGGCUGGUCGAAGUGAGUCUCUUCUAUUUUUAAUUUUAAAAAUUUUAAUUUUUUAAAAAAGUGCAAUUUUGUUAACAAAACUUUUUUAGUUAAGUUGCGGCAUGAGGAGCAAGUUGUCAUUAAUUUAAGCUAUAAAAACCCCUGUUUAAGCCAAUAACCAUAUUUUUCAGAAUCAACAUUCGAGGGAGUAAAAGCACCAGCAAAAACCUUGGAAAGCGCUGAAGAUACGUAAGUUUACAAUAGAAGUAGAAUGAUUUUACAAGAAAAAUAAUAAGUAAUAUCUUUCAUUAGAAAUGAUGAUUUACGACAUUUUGUAAUAUAAAUAAAUUUCUGAUGAUGUUUCAUUUACAAAGGAACUGCCCGACCUGCCCCGCGCUGCUAAACUUAAAAUUUUUUUAAUAGAAAGAUCAUGUAAAUACAAGAUCUUCAGUAAGGUACUAAUUCGCACUUUCCAGCCAAUCUCGAGAAAAGUGAGAUCAUAAAAUACGUUUUGAAUUUCCCGUCCAAUUGGCAUUGUGUUUCAAGCUUAUAACUUUGUCUUUUUUCGGCUUUUAAUCAUUUUUCUUUGAUAUACUAGUAGAAAACCUUUAAAUGAACCUACAUUUUUAAACUUACAAGCGUAACUGGUCUGGAAAGUUGAAAAAAGGUGCUUGAAACACAAUGCCAAAUUUUCAGAAAACAAAAUAUUUAAAUUUAAAAUUCAAAAAGUGAGCGCUAAAGGUUUUUAUGAGUACUAUUGGUAGCAUAAUACAAAUAAUUCAUAUCAAAAUUUUGAGCUGAUUCUGAGCGAAACAGGCCGGAUACUUUCCUUAUUAAAAAAUAAACAUUUCAGACAAGCCAAGAAGAUAAAAGAGUUGGAAAACAGAUGUAAAGAGCUGCUGGUGGAAAGUGUUUUGGCCAGCGAUCGAAAUGAAAUGAAGUUGGCAUUGGACAAAGCCAAAGAAGCGAAUCGAGUCGAACAACAAGUCAAAAAGAUGCGCCCACAACAAGAAAACAUUGAUUUGGCAUUGUCAGCUCAAUUAACAUUGGCGUGUCAACAUGUCAACAACAACAUGAUCAGUGAGGCAAUCAAUACUUAUGAGGUGGGUUGAAAUAAAGGAUUUUGACAGAUUUUAAUUUGAAAAAUAUAAAACGAGCCUUUUUUGUCUAAAAUUAAUAAAGCUAGAUCAAAAAUGAAAAAACUUUAAAUUUAGGUAACAAAAAACCAAAGUUUAGGUAAUAUUAGCUGAUGAAAGCUUUGCCAAUGUAAAACGUCUCAACGUCAACCUCGGAAACUUAUACUUCCGUCGUCGUGACUAUCCAACAGCUCUAAAAUACUACCAGAAAGCCCUGGACCGUGUACCACAAACCCAACGUCGGAUGCAAAGCCUGAUCCUGAAUAAUAUUGGUGUUGCUCAGAUAAAACGUGGCAAAUACGAAAGCGGCCGCGACAAUUUCAGCGAAUGUUUGAAGGUCGAGGCGGACUAUACGGCUGGUUUGAACUUGGUAUUGGCCUGUUAUUGUCUGGCUGAUGUGGAGAGCAUGAAGGACGCGUUCCAACGACUGGUCGAUAUCCCCACUAUGGUCGAUGAUAGUGGGAAGAGUGGGGAUGCGGACAUUUUGCAGCAGGAGGCUAUGAAUACUGAUAUGCUUAAAAAGUAAGGAGAAGUUUUGAGUUUUGAUGACCAAUUAGGUAUUGUUUCUAAACCAAAAAUUUUUUUUAAAACAACAUGCCUAACUAAAACAAAACUUCAGAUGGGAACGCCGCCGCAAACAAACGGCCGAACAUGCCAUAAUGACAGCAGCCAAAGUGAUUGCAAGUGGGAUCGGCAAGGACUUUCACGAAGGGUACGAGUGGUGCCUGUCGAUUAUAAAACAGUCGAUUUAUGCUGGAUUGGCAACGGACUUGGAAAUGAAUAAAGCUGUGGAAAUGUUGAAACGAGGUGAUUUGGAUGCGGCUACAGAAGCGUUGUUGGCUUUCAAUAACAAAGAGAGCAAGGUUGCUAGUGCUUCGGCGAAUAAUUUGGCUAUGUUAACCAUGAUGGUGGGUUUUUACAAAGUUAUUUGGUUAUUUUAUUGUUUUUUGACCCAGUCCUAUCUUACUCUACCCUACCUUACAAGACUUUACCCUACCCUACCCCACCCUACCUUACUCUACCCUACCCUACCCCUUACAUUAACCUGCUUUACCCUACACUAUAUUACAUUUUUACCUACAAUGUUACCCUAUAACGUUUUUCAGCAAGGGAAAGAAAAACUGAACGAAGCUGCCCAAUUUGCGGAACAAUCUCUGUCUCUCGACCGGUAUAAUGCAAAUGCAUUAGUGAAUCGCGGAAAUGUCUAUUAUUUACAAGGAAAUCACAAGUCGGCCAUACAGUGCUAUAGGUAAAAAGGAUUAACACUAAACUACAUGAACUCCUGUAUAACAAGUCUCACGGAGAUUUUAACUUUGUUUGUUAUAGAGGAAUUCCACAGUAUUUCACUUUUUCUUCAUUUUAUCACGUUUUCAUAUCAUACUCUUACCUUACUUUACCUUGGUUUUAGUUAUUAAGGUAAAAAUAUUUCUAGAGAAGCCCUGCAAGUAGAACCUGCUUGCAUCCAAGCCAUUUUCAACUUGGGAUUAAUCGGAAAAGAAACGAAUGAUUUGGAGACAGCUAUCAAUAGCUUUUACAAACUUAAUAGUAUCUUACCUAACAAUAUUCAAGUUCUACUACAGUUGGCUUCAUUGUAAGUUUGAAGAGAUACACAUUAGUUUUUGGCGGAUGGGGAGGGAGUAGAUCAGCCGCCGUUUACUUCCUCCCUAGCUACCUUCCUGAGCCCAACAUAUGUUCAGCUACUCCCUGAUCUCAAGACAUGUUCAGCUACGUCCGUGAGCCUUUAUACGAUUGUACGUUAAAAAAUUUCAGAUACGAAGGCUCAGACAAGCAGCAAGCACUACACUUCUACGCCGAUGCCUCCAGCUUGGCUCCAAAUGACCCUGCCAUUUUGUAUAAGCUUGGUCAGCUUUAUGAUAGCAUGGGGGACAAGUCAGCUGCCUUCAACUGUAUGAACGAAUCGUAUAGACUGUUCCCGGCUAAUAUUGAAGUAAUCAAAUGGUUGGGCAACUACUAUAUUGAUAGUCAGAUCUCUGAAAGUGCGAUACGGUACUUUGAGAAGGCUUCUAUUAUGGAGUAAGUGAUAAUUUUGAUUUUAAAUUUGAAAAACAAAAAAAAUGAAAUUUCGAUUUUUUUUCUGAUCAAGCCUUAAAUCUUAAAAUAAGUCUAAUCAUCAUGGUUAAUAUAAAAACUAGGUAGAUUUUAAAUUACUUUUCAUUUUUUAGACUUAAAGGUAACCUUUGACCUUAUUUCAGACCCCACAAUGUUGAAUGGUACCUUUUAAUGGCAGGUUGUCAACGCCGUGCCGGUCAGCUUCAAAAGUCCCUCGAAUUAUAUAAAAGAACCCACACUUUGUUCCCACAAAACGUGGAAUGCCUCAAAUUUUUAGUCCAGCUAAGCCGCGAUUUGAGAAUGGUCGAAGAUCAAGCUGAAUACGAAAAGAAACUGCGACGUUUAGAUCAAGGGCUGCAGCGACGAUUUCAGCGAGAAACCGAUUCCAGUCAAAGCAAACGAUUGGCUGUUAGUUCGCCUAACACGUUGCCACCGCCUAGUCGUAGGUUUUGAUUUACUUUACUAUACUAUAAUGUUAUAUCCUCUUCCUUAAUAAACCAAAUGUUUUAGUCGAUGUUAUACCCUAUACAUAAGCCUAUGUUAACUUUAUAAGCCCCCUUUUAAAUAACUUUUCAUUUAAAAAGGUAUAAAUAAUAAAAUUAUAGCUAACCCAAGCUAAACCUAAUUUCAGGCAACUCAAGUUCCCUAUCAAUGCCUUCCCGACAACAAAGUGCUAAAGCAUUGCUGGAGGUUGACGGUCCAUAUCGACCGAAUAAACGCGACAUAACGGACGAGGACGUUGCUUACGAAGACCCGGUAGCUCCGCCGGCCGAACGUCCUCGUACCGGCUACAAUCAAAAGCCUUCAGAUCCGUUUGAUCUUGGCGAUCUGGGGGCGGAUGAUCUUUUACCGGAUUAA